GGGGUGGGGACGAGGUGAAGACGUGUGUUGGCUAGUUUCAUAGAGCCUGGACUUGAGAAGCAGCUGUGAAAAUGGACGGUGGCAGGCUGGAUAUGAUUAAAACUCCUAAGGUGGAGCGUAUUCUAUUGAAACAGUACAAUCACACCAGGGAGUACGUAACAGGUACCCUAUGCCUCACUGACAGACACCUCAUCUUUAUCGAGCCCACAGGAGCUCAAGAAACUUGGGUGCUCCAUCAUCACAUCAGCUCCAUGGAGAAGCUCCCACUAACUACCCGGGGCUACCCCCUCAUUAUCAAUACCAAAACGUUCCAGCACCUGCGGCUGAUCAUCCCACGAGAGAGUGACUGUGUGGAUAUCAUGGACACCAUUAAAGUAUUCUCUCAGCCAGAGCACUACAGUGACCUGUAUGCGUACCAAUACAAACCCAAGGAUGGGGAGAUAGUGAAGCAGACCUCCGGCUGGGCCCUCUUUGACUGCCCCAGCGAGUACGCUCGUAUGGGUGUGCCCAACCAGUACUGGAGGGCCACCAACCUCAAUGACAACUAUGAGCUGUGUGAGACGUACAGUUCUAGUUUGUACUUGCCUGCCACGGUGGACAACAGUGUCAUCACAGGCAGCGCCAAGUUCCGCAGUAAAGAGAGACUCCCUGUCCUCUCUUACUACUACAAACCCACACAGUCUGCCCUGUGUCGGUGCAGUCAGCCCCUGGUGGGACUCACCGGUCGCUCGGCAGAGGAUGAGCAGCUGUUGCAAGCUAUCAUCAACGUCAACCCCAACUCUGACAUACUCCAUGUGGUCGACACAAGACCUAAGGUGAAUGCCAUGGCAAACAAGGCAGCUGGCAAAGGCUACGAGACAACUGACAACUACAGCAAUAUGCGGUUUGAGUUCUUCAACAUUCACAACAUCCACAUCAUGAGGGAGAGCUUACAGAAGAUGUUUGAAGCUGUUUGUCCACCCAACCAGACGGUGUCAGGAAUGCUGAGUGGGCUGGAAAGCUCUGGCUGGCUCAAGCACAUCCAUCUCAUACUGGAGGUGGCUGUCUUCACUGCUAAGGUCAUAUCUGAGGACAAGGCCAGUGUUCUGAUUCACUGCUCUGAUGGCUGGGACAGGACAGCUCAGACUUGUGCUCUUACCUGUCUACUGCUCGACCCCUACUACAGAACACUGCAUGGCUUCAUGGUUUUGAUUGAGAAGGAAUGGUUGGCCUUUGGACACAAGAUGAGUAUAAGGAGUGGUCAUUUGGCGGUAGAGACCCGGGAAACAUCACCAAUCAUGACCCAGUUUCUGGACUGUGUAUGGCAGGUCAUGGUCCAAUACCCGACAGCCUUCCAGUUUAACGAGUUCUUCCUGGUUACACUUCACGACCACCUCUACUCUUGUCAGUUUGGGACGUUCUUGGGCAACAACGAGAAGGAGAGGUUGGAUAUGGGGUUCAAGGAAAACACCUAUUCUCUGUGGGGCCAUGUGUGGGCUCAUCUGGAUGACUUUAUCAAUCCUCUAUUCUCUGCCCAGGACCGCGUCAUCAUUCCCAACACUGACAUACCUCAACUCAGUUUCUGGACGGGUCUUUACUGUGGACACACGCUCAAGCACCAGGUGUGUGAGAUGGCAGACGAGGUCACUGCCAGUAUGCAGCAACAAAACUUCUGCAUCUCAGAGCACAUCAAGUUCUUGGAAAAUAAAAUGUCUGAACUAAAGAAGAGACUCACCUUCUAUAAAGAGAAGUUGCAAGCAACUAACCCUGACAGUAGGGACGUCACUGAUACUUCUCCUGAUGGAAUCAUUGAUGAGCUUAAAUCUCAACGCAUAGAUGAUUCUGACCUAGAAACAGACUCAACAGGUGUUACGGACACUAAAAAUGAAGAUGGGCCUACUGAUAAUUCUUUAAACUCUACUGAUGAAAUCCCGCCAACUGAAAAUCCAAAAACUGUAUCAGAGGGGUCCAAUGACACACCUACACAACUAGAUGUUUUCCCUGAGGAGAGAGGUUCCCAGAGGGUGGCUGUUGAUCCCACAGGUUGUCUCUCACCCACAUCUUACUCCACUUUCAAAGGGUUUCUCAACCACACUCCCGACCUGAACCUCCCUUGGCAGUCCAUGAGAUCUGUGAGUCAGUGUGGAUGUGGAAUGGCUUUCUCCUACUCUAGAAGAAAGUACCAUUGUAGCUACUGUGGCGUGGUGGUGUGUGGCAGUUGCAGCAGUUAUCAGGCAUUGCCCGGGCAGACGUCCUCUAAACCACAACGAGUUUGCAAAGCUUGUUUCAAGCUUAUGAGGAGACGAUAUCAAGAAGAACAGUUAGAGACGUAGAAUUAUAGUAAUUAUAGCUGUACAUUAUUUAUCGGGUGGUUUGUGUUGAAAGUUUUGUUGAAAAGUGAUGUUUUUCAUUUGCAAA